UUGUGCAUUUCAGGUAGGCUAAGGUUGAUAUUGGAUUGGUGGUCGUCUGACACCUCUCACCUCAUAAUCCCACACCCAACGCCUCUCCGUCGGCACAAUGCUUUUUUAUGCUAAUCAAACACACAUGUCACUUCCGCCCUUUUUCACACGCCAUUUUGGAUAGUAUAGGUACUGGACCGGGUCGUAUUGUUUAAGUGGAUGGGGGAUUACGUUAAUUGCUGUCAAUUAUACCGUUCUCGCGCGUCUUGUGUACUGUGCAUCAUCGCAAGCGCGGCACGCGCUCGGCGGUUCACGUUCCCUCUUCUUCCAGGACCACCAUAGACAAGCACAGGCAGUGCUAGAUGAGUUGCAGCAGCUCAUUCCCGGCAAACAGACAGCUCUGGGUCGGCCCGUGACAGGAGUCGAGCUCCCUCUUUCGGCGUGGUGUGUCCGCCCGUGAAGCGGAGGACGAGGCGCUCAACUCGGGAGGCGGGAAAGUGACAUUACGGGCUGCAGCUUGCGGGAGCGCGGGCCAGGUGACAGAAUGUUUCAACUUCCAGUGAACAACAUCAGCAGUCUAAGGAGAGCAAGGAAAAAUGUGAAAAAAGUGCUGGGUGACAUUGGCUUGGACUUUUGCAGGGAGCACAUUGAUGACUAUAAGGACUUUGUUCCCAAUGAGUUCUACAUUAAAAACACUGCAUGGGACGAUGUGUGUAUGUGGGAUCCCUCAAUGACCAAAUCACAAGACUACCGCUCAAAGCCUUUUUGUUGUUCAGGAUGUACAUUCUCCUCCAAGUUUUUCUCUGCCUACAAGAGUCACUUUCGUAAUGUGCACAGUGAGAACUUUGAAAACCACAUUCUCCUGAACUGCCCCUAUUGCACUUACAAUGGGAACAAAAAGACUUUGGAGACGCACAUUAGACUGUUUCAUAUGCCCAAUGUGGUGCGCCAGAAUGUUGGAGGACCUCAGGGAGCAGGGGUUGGUUUGAAAGAUGGUGCUCGACUGGAUAAGACACGUGAUAAUAUAGAGCAAGCAGUGUACUACUGCAAGAAAUGCACUUACAGAGACCCACUAUAUAAUGUGGUGCGAAAGCAUAUCUACCGGGAACAUUUUCAACACGUAGCGGCACCGUACUUGGUGAGGCCUGGUGAGAAGAUAACACCACCCAAUGGGACAACAGCAGGCUCUGGUACAGGGAGCAAUGCUGAUUCUGGUGGUGCCAACAGUACGAGCACAGCCAUCCACUGCAAACGGUGCCUCUUUGUACCCCGUACCUAUGAAGCCCUUGUGCAGCAUGUCAUUGAGGACCAUGAGCGCAUCGGUUAUCAAGUUACUGCCAUGAUUGGACACACCAAUGUAGUGGUACCUCGGGCAAAGCCUGUGAUUAUGGUGUCCCCAAAAGCUCAGGGUGAUAAGGGCCUCAUUGGUGUAAUGCCAAAGGGUUCAGUAGUGACUGGGGUACGGCCUUUAUCCACUCAGCAGCUGAGCCGAAUUGUCAUUCCUAAAGGAAGUUUGAACUCAAGUGGUCUCCUGUCAGGUGUUCACCUGAAGCAAGGGGCAUUUGGUCUGAAGCCAGGGACUACACAAUCCUUGACCAUCGGAGGACAUCAGGUUCAGCUCUCAAUCCCACAGCAGUCCCAAACAAGCAAACCACAGCUUUCUGCUAGUCUCCGCAGUGCAGUUUCUGCAUCUGCAUCUACUUCCAUACUAAAGAUCCCUCAGCUGAACUCCCGAGUUCAGGCAGCAGCUACUACUGUGUCAUCUGUUACCACUAAGAAGGGCAACUCUGUCAUCGGCACAUCUUACACUCAGAAAUGGAAGAUCUGCACCAUCUGCAAUGAGCUCUUUCCAGAAAACGUGUAUAGUUCUCAUUUUGAAAAGGAGCACAAAGCAGAAAAGGUACCGGCGGUGGCCAACUACAUCAUGAAAAUUCACAACUUCACUAGUAAAUGCUUAUACUGCAACCGUUACUUACCCAGCGACACGCUUCUUAACCACAUGUUGAUUCAUGGCUUAUCUUGCCCGCACUGCAGGGCCACAUUCAAUGAUGUGGAAAAAAUGGUGACGCACAUGCGAGGGGUACAUCCCAACGAAUCCGUCGGGCCACGGACAGACUCCCCACUUACUUUUGACCUUACGCUUCAGCAGGGAAAUCCCAAGAAUGUCCAGCUGAUCGUCACCACAUAUAACAUGCGGGAUGCCCCAGAAGAAUCAGUGGCAUUCCAUGCCCAAAACAACACAUUAUCGCCAUUAUUGCAGGGGAAUAAACAGGUUAUCACACAAGUCCCAAAGAUACACUCAGAUGCCUCAGACGCCAUACCAGCUAAGGCUACACCUCAAGCGGCUGUACCUUAUAAGAAGGAUGUAGGCAAAACGCUUUGUCCUCUUUGCUUCUCGAUUCUUAAGGGACCCAUCUCAGAUUCUCUAGCUCACCACUUGCGUGACCGUCAUCAAGUUAUACAAACGGUUCAUCCUGUGGAGAAGAAGUUGACUUACAAGUGUAUCCAUUGCCUUGGCGUCUAUACUAGUAACAUGACUGCUUCCACUAUCACUUUGCAUCUAGUGCACUGCCGGGGUGUCAGUAAAACUCAGAACGGCCGACCUGCUCCUUCUGCGAGAGUUGCACAGGCCCAGGGGGCUGGCCUUAAACGGGCAGGUUUAGCAAAUUUAGACCAAACUGAGCCAAAGAGAAGAAAAUCCGGAACCGAUGAGCAGACCGGUCAUAGCCCGUCACUUUCAACUGACAAACAAGACGACCCUGUAGUCUUUGCCUUGGACCCGAAGGGUUACGAGAAUGAGUCCUACGAGACACGAAAAGCUUUUCUCACUCAGUACUUCAACAAGCAGCCUUACCCCACUCGCCAAGAGGUGGAGAAGCUUGCGUCAAGUCUCUGGCUUUGGAAAUCUGACAUUGCGAGUCACUUCUCAAAUCGAAGGAGGAGAUGCAUGCUGAAUUGUGAAACGUUAAACACUCGGGUCCUGCUGGGAUUUAAAAUGCAAGACAUCGUAGAUUUGCAUCAGCCCAUUAACUUUGACUCAAAAUGCUAUUUCGAGAACCAUAAACGUGACCAUAAAAGACGAACUACUAAGUAUCGCAUAGGCCGAUCUGCAUAUGCCAUUCGCUUUCGGCAAAGAGCUACAACCAAUGGUGACCUGCAGCAGAAGCAUGGGACGCUAACAAAGGGUUCUGCCAAAGCCUUGCUUUACUCAAAUGGUCAAAAGGCCAUCAAAGGUAGCAACUGCAAUGAUUCAAUGAAGAGCACCUUAAAACCUGGAGCACUUGCCAAUUCUGAACCAAUUGCUGUCGACUCAGACAGUGAUAAUGAGGUGAAUGCGCAAAAUGUUAGUCUAAAUGCACAGUCGCUUAGUAAGGAACCAGAGACAAAUGAUAAAGGGGAUUGUAGUGACUCUGACAUCCAGGAGGAUGCCCACAGUGAAAACGGCUAUAGGUCGAAAGACUUGUUGAUUGAAACGAGGCAACGAAAGGGCGAAAGUCAGUCAGGUAUCACAAACAAGCUUGAACAAUCAGAGACUCAGUUAACCAAGCAACAGGUCUGAUUUCUGGACAGGGUUAAUGCACAUGUAUACUUUUGCUGUACUUUGAUGUACACCAACAAUGCUGCCUCAUUGAACUUCUGAAUCUGGACCUUGGUUACCUUACGGUACCUUAUGGUAGCUAUAAGCAUCUGCUUUUUCCUCAACACCUAAAGCCAUUUGAGAGAGGCAAAAAAAAACUCAUGUUUUACAGUUCGAAGUAUGAAGAUGAAUGCAAAUUGUGUGAAUGGGAAGCUGGGGUUGACCUCAGGAUAGGGAAAGAAAACACUCAACAUUCACGAAACAGUACAUGAUUUGCCUUGUUAACACCCAGAAACAUAACCAUACUUGUUCAUGUUCAUUCAGCUGCUAUUGUGGCUAAAGGAGUGAUUAUUAGAACCAACAGGUAUUAUUAAAUGUUAUGUUAUCCUAUAGCAUUGGUCGUGUAUAUUUGUACAGUCUUUUAGAUAUGUCUAAGGAGAUGUGUAGGUGUACUUAAUGAUAAAAAAAAAAAAAAUUGCUAUACUUUUUGUGCUCACACUUAACAUUUAUAUGCUCUACAUUGGUUCACAUAGAAAAUGGAUGUGGCUUCGGUGGCUGUUUUUCCUGUUUACUUUUAUUAACAAAAGUAUAGCAUUUUUCUUAAAAAAAUAAAUAAGUCCAAGUAUAAACAAUGCAAAAUAAAAGAACCUAAUCCCUUGCUUUUGUUUUGCCUGUUUAUAAUUGAAGCAUAAUUUUUUAUAAAUAUAUUCACCAUCCUGUAACUUGUGUUUUGCUUCCAGAGCAGCUCUCCAUACAUCCACAUCUGCCCUAACGUAAGAGUAUUCGGCAUUUAAAUUGACCACUGUAGCAUUGUGCUAUGUAGACUAGCCUGUGUUUGGUUCAGCCUCCACUGACUGCUAUUGUUUUCUUUUUAUAGCAGUUACACUUUCCUUUUUCAAUUUCCUCCAGCUGGACUCUGUUGUGACCUGGGGUCCAGAAUGAGCAUCUCUGUUCAUUCGAACUUUCUGUAUGUUUAAAAUUUGUAACCUCCAGUUUGUUGUUUUUGUUUUGUUUAUCCCUUUAUUCUAUUUUUCUUUGUCUCUGCAAGCAUUUCUGAACAAUAAAGUGCUGUAUUGUCCAUCUCACAAUGCUUCUAACCCUA